CAUAGUUCCAAUAAAUAAUUGAUGUUAGCAAGAAUUGGUUUGUCUUAAAUUCUGUUGUUCUAGACAGAAUAUAUUUCUUCUGCAAGGGUCUAUUUAAGUUGUGUUACCUGACUGAGAGAAAGGACAACUGAACAAGAGAGUUGGAGAGAUGGAAGUGGAGAACAGAUAUGUGACACUGAAGAAUCAGUUAGAGAGAGAUGAAGAACCAAAAGAGUCAGAUUUUGAGUUCAAGAAUACUACCAUUUCACUUGCAUCAUUGAACUGUGACGAGGUUAUAGUUCAGAAUCUUUAUGUAUCAAUUGAUCCAUACCAAAUCAAUAGAAUGAAGAAACAAAGUUCUUCUCAUAAAGCCAUUAACUUCGCAUUUGCUCUUUCUCCUGGCCAAGCAAUUGAUGCUUAUGGUGUUGGGAGGGUUGUGGCAUCUACAAACUCUAGAUUUGAAAAAGAUGAUUUGGUUGCAGGACUAUUAGGGUGGGAAGAAUACAGCUCAAUACAAGGAGAAUUCAAGCUAAGCUUUCUAAGGAAGUUAGAAACCACAAUGGAUCUCCCUUUGUCUCACCAAGUUGGAGUUCUAGGGUUAAGUGGGUUAACAGCUUAUGGUGGGUUCUACAAUGUUGGUAGGCCUAAAAAAGGAGACAAAGUUUUUGUUUCUGCAGCUUCUGGAUCAGUAGGAAAUCUGGUGGGACAAUAUGCCAAAUUAUCUGGUUGCUAUGUUGUUGGUUCCGCCGGAAACAAGCAAAAGGUACAAAUGCUUAAAGACAAACUCGGUUUUGAUGAUGCAUUCAACUACAAGGAUGAAUCCGAUCUUACUUCAACACUUCAAAGGUACUUCCCAGACGGCAUAGACGUAUAUUUUGAUAAUGUAGGUUCAGAGAUGUUAGAGGCUGCCAUUGUUAACAUGAACACAUUCGGUAGAGUGGUUGUAUGUGGUGUGAUGUCUGAAUACACUGAUGAAACAAAGCGAGCUACACCGAAUAUGAUGGAUGUAAUAUACAAGCGCCUAUCUAUUCAGGGAUUUUUAGCCGCUGACCAUAUGAAGGAUUAUGCUGAAUUCACAUCAGUUACAUCCGAUUACAUUCGUAAUGCUAAAUUACAUGUCUUGGAAGAUAUCUCAGUUGGUCUUGAGAGUGUUCCUUCUGCUUUAGUUGGAAUUUUUCGUGGCGAUAACAUUGGCAAAAAGAUGGUUCAAAUUGUUUAAAGGACUUGGAUGGAGCAGGGAAUGUAUUGGUUGGUUCAUUACAUUAGAUUUAGUUUUUAUGCAGUGAAAAUUUUAGAAAUCCCGCUAUACCAGAAUUGGUUGUUUAAAUAAAAGUUAAUUUUUGUUU